ACAAAGUCAAGAUGCCAAUCGACGACUCCGACGAUGAAAUGCCACAGCUGUCAGGCGACGCUCUCUCCGCGCUGAAAGAAUUUUACGGCGAGCGCGAUGCACGACAAAAGCAGUUCGAAGCUCUCAAAUCGCAGGCUGAAGAUGACUUCGACGGGAAACUAUCCAUGGAUGCAUUCACCGAAGACUGGAAUGUGAGCCAGUUCUGGUACAGCGAUGAGACUGCCACGGUGCUUGCGAGGCAGCUGCUGGAUGGCGCGACGGAUGAGACGAGGAUUGCGGUUGUGUCUGCGCCGAGUGCGUUUAUCCAGCUGAAGAAUUUGCUGGCGUCUGGAGAGUAUAAGUGCAGACCACAGGUCAAGUUGCUCGAGAUUGACGAGCGAUUUGGCGUUUUCAAGGAGUUCGUACACUACGACUUCGAGAAAGCGAUACAGUUACCUGCUGAACUCAAAGGCUCUUUUGAUCGCAUUAUUGUCGAUCCACCUUUCCUGAGUGAUGAUUGUCAGACCAAAGCUACUUUGACAGUCCGAUGGCUAGCCAAAGGGUGGACAUUUGAUGCUGUGCGAAUCAUUGCCUGUACGGGAGAGCGAAUGGAAAGCAUCAUCACUGGGAAACUGUACGGAAAGGUUGGGGUCAAGACUACAGACUACGACAUCAAGCACGCCAAAGGCCUGAGCAACGAAUUUAGGACGUAUGCGAACUUUGAGUGCGAUGCAUGGAAAUGGGCGAAGUCUUCAUGACAGUAUGGG